AAUAUUGGGCGCCACUAGGGUGCCUGGCAUUUCAAAAUCGUUCCGUUUCGUUGUCGGCACUUUAACCUUAUUUAACCCACGGUAAUUGAAUUAAUAGGGAGAAGCGGCGGGCCCCUCGAAAGGGAACAGGGGGGGAUUCUCCUUUAGCCCUCCUUCCCGAGAAUCAGACAAUACCGCGGAGUGGGCUGGCUUUCAUGUUAUAAGUUCGUUGCUUCUUUUUUAUUCUCAUCGGCACGAAGGACGCACACUCCUGCCUCUUGUAUUCACAGUAAAAGCUGACGAAUUGGCAAUCCGGGAAAAAUGCCCAGUAAGCAAAGUCCUGGAGUUGAAUAUCCGCACAUUGUAUUGCUGCGGAGCAGGAGAAUCUCUUUCGCUCGCUGAAUCAUACGGAUCACCUGUUUUUUCCGCCUGUUGUCUUUUUCGUUUAUGUAUUGCCGAAAGAAGGACGUUACGUUUUUCCAAAAGGAGGCGGCAUCCUUCACUUUGCAUCAUUUUUCUUUUUUUUUACAAGAACCAUCAGAGCGGCACCUUGGCGGCGGGAAUAUUAAAAGAAAUUGACGAGGACACGCGGAACCUGUAGGGACCGGGGAUGGACGAUGGGAUGCCCUUCCUCUCAACAAUGAAAAGUCUUUUGGCCAUUGUCUGUCUGGUUAGCUUUUACUGCCAGAUAAGUCUUUCGCAGACCACAGCAGGAACCCUGAAAGAGUCCGAAACAAAUGACAACAUCACGAUAUUCACUAGGAUCUUGGACAGGCUGCUGGACGGUUAUGAUAACCGACUACGCCCUGGAUUGGGAGAGAAAGUAACGGAGAUCAAGACGAACAUCUUCGUCACUAGUUUCGGCCCGGUUUCAGAUACCGAAAUGGAAUACACGAUAGACGUGUUUUUCCGGCAAAGCUGGAAAGACGAGCGGCUUCGUUUCAAAGGUCCGAUGGAGAUGCUUCCUCUGAACAACCUUCUGGCCAGCAACAUCUGGACGCCCGACACCUUCUUCCUCAACGGCAAGAAAUCCAUCGCACACAACAUGACAACUCCGAAUAAGUUACUGCGUCUGAAGGACGACGGGACGCUGCUGUACACCAUGAGGUUGACCAUAUCAGCGGAGUGUCCCAUGCAGUUAGAAGAUUUCCCCAUGGAUGCUCAUGCCUGCCCCCUGAAGUUCGGGAGCUAUGCCUAUCCGGUCUCAGAGGUGGUAUAUACCUGGACACUGGGAGCAGCCAAAUCCGUGGUGGUGGCCGAGGACGGCUCCCGACUAAACCAGUACCACCUUAUCGGGCAGACUGCCGGCACCGAGGAGAUCUUCACUAGCCGGGGUCAGUACACCGUCAUGAUGGCGCGUUUCUACCUGAAGAGGAAGAUCGGCUACUUUGUGAUCCAGACGUACAUGCCCUGCUUCAUGACCGUCAUACUGUCCCAGGUGUCCUUCUGGCUCAACCGAGAGUCUGUACCGGCUAGGACCGUCUUCGGUGUGACCACGGUGUUGACCAUGACCACCCUCAGCAUCAGUGCCCGCAACUCUCUGCCCAAGGUGGCCUACGCCACCGCCAUGGACUGGUUCAUCGCCGUGUGCUACGCCUUCGUCUUCUCAGCGCUGAUUGAGUUUGCCACUGUCAACUACUUCACAAAGAGGAGCUGGGCAUGGGAUGGGAAGAAGGCCAUGGAGGCGCAGCAGCCCAAGAAGAAGGACCCGCUGACGUUAUCGAAGAAGCCCAACAACGCCUGUUCAGCUGGAGGUGUCAACUAUACGACCAACAUCACCAAAGACACAGCCAUCGCCACCAUCUCCAACAGCACCUCCGUGCCACUGAAGACUGCUGAAGCCAAGGCUCCUGACCCCAAGAAGACAUACAACAGCGUGAGCAAGAUUGACAAGAUGUCCAGGAUUGUGUUCCCGGUUCUUUUUGGGACCUUCAACCUGGUCUACUGGGCCACAUACCUCAACCGAGAGACGGUGGUCAAUGGGGCUAUGUCAUCUACAUAAAGCUCUACAGCUUCCAGGCCCCCCGACUUCAGCCAUAUUGUUCCACAAACUGGAUUACCAUAGAAACCAGUGUCAAGCACUGAAGACUUGCUCUAGUCAUAAGUUGUGAGAACUUUUUUUUUCAUAAAUUGCAUGAAAUGCCAUGUCUGCCUUGACUAUUUCUACUUUAUAUUAGUCGAUUAGUUUUUCUGGAAGAAUCUGCAUUCUGUUCAUCCCAGCGUGAAUCGUCAUCAUUGCCAAUUAAUGUCACGCCCCCCCCCGGAGAUGGGGGCCACAUAGCAUUUGACACAUACAUCUUAGUCAUUGUGAAAAAAAUGGGUCAUAUUGGAAGCAUAGGUAAAGCAAGUCAAACGCUAUGCAAACAUUUUAUACCAGGCCGUUCCACAGAACACCCCCGCUGUAGUUACUGACGCUGGCUUGCGGCUUCACUUAUUUAAGAGCGGAAUAUGAAACUGAAUGACACAGCUUAAAGAACAGCUAUGGAACAUGCCCCCCCCCCCCCCCC